GUGGGGGUGUGUUUAUUUGGCACACUCACCAUUUUGUGUCAGACAAGAUGGAGACUGCUGCCAUUGUGUGCGUAGAGUGUUAUCUGAAUGACAGCAUGCCCUGGACAGCUGUGGUUGUGCGCUGCUGCUGCCCUUGACGCUUGGCACUGGUUUCAUACGCCCCUGUGAAACUGGCACCCUGUGUGUCCUCUCUUACCAGUGACUUACAACACAGCCCUCACACUGAGAGAGAGAGCAAGCAUGACACGGGACCAUCGACAGACACUCACACAGUGACAGUCGUGGGGGAGAGAGAGAGGCCAGAGAUGGAUGGGAUAUGUUGCCAAACAGACUGAACGGAACGUCACGGAGCUCCCCGACUGUGCUGGGGAAGACACGGACCACAGGAACCCUUCACAUGAUAUAAAGUUCUGUUCACUCUCGAGACACGGACCACAGGAACCUUUCACAUGAUAUAAAGUUCUGUUCACUCUCGACACACGGACCACAGGAACCCUUCACAUGAUAUAAAGUUCUGUUCACUCUCGAGACACGGACCACAGGAACCUUUCACAUGAUAUAAAGUUCUGUUCACUCUCGAGACACGGACCACAGGAACCCUUCACAUGAUAUAAAGUUCUGUUCACUCUCGAGACACAUGAUGAAGACUUGGUGGAACUCGGCUUAUCAGACUCCAUGUCUGAACUGGAGGAACUCUAUAGGAGACUGAUAAGGCUCCUCAGUGACUCAGAGCACACCGGGGGGUGGGUGAGUCAUGGCUGAGAUGGAGCGCCUGUCUGUGGCGAGGCACGGCCGCGGCCCGCUGGCCCCUCGGAGAUCCGACCCGGCCUGGGUCCAGCGCCGUACGCUGGAGGAGCAGGUGGAGCUAUGGUGGUUCGGGGAGCCCCGCGUGUCCCUGCUCUGCUACGGAGCCUCCGUGGGCCUGGUGCUGGGCCUCGGGCUGGCCGGGAUCGGCCUGCUGUCCACGGCCUCUGCGGCUUCGACGGGCCGCUCGGCCGUGUGGCGCCUGGGCGUGGGCUCCGCGCUCUGCCUGCUGGCGCUGGCGGUGCUCCUGAAGCAGCUGCUCAGCUCGGCCGUGCAGGACAUGGGCUGCGUGCGGAGCCGGCGGCGCGUGGAGCUCCUGCGGAGCGGCGGGCGUCUGGACACGGCGCUGCUGCUGGCCGCCGGGCUCGGGGCGGCCGCGUGCGGGGCCACGCUGCUGGGGCUGGGCGAGGAGGACACGCUGCUGCCCGGGGCGCUCCUCCUGGCCUGCGGGGGCGCCAUCGCCCUGGGGGUCGGGGUGUAUGCCGCCGUGGGGUUCUGGCAGAGCCGAAGGGACGUCGGGAGGAGGAGGAGGAGGAGGAGAAGCAGGCGGAGAAGGAUGAUGGUGACAAACCCGCAGCCGUGGAGAGACUCGGCUUCAAGCCAGGCUAGUUUGAUAUAAGUGACAGGAGGAGAGUGGGCAGAGGAGCGCUGCAAUGGAGGGAGACAAGACAAUAAGGAGAAGAGUGUUGAGGGAAUCGAAAGACGAGGUGAGGAAAGGACAUGACAGUCACAUCAGUCUUUGUUAUGUCCUGUCAAUUUUUAUUCGGCCCUCAGACCUUUCAAUUUACACCUUCACAUUCUUUCCUCGUCUGGAGCCAUUAGAAUCAGGUCACACACAAAACCGUUUCCCCUUGACAGUGAUUAUCUGAGUCACUCUAAAUGAAGAGAUUUAUCACUUUUGCUUGCCCUGCAGUUGUCCAAAAAUACCUAUCCGGAUGGCGUGUAGCAAUUGAGGUGAGAUUAUUGAGCUGAGAGAUUAAAGUGAUUUGUCCAUUCAA